GUCUACAGUUACACAAUACUGGUAUACUUUGGAGCCCCUGAAAUGGAAGGUGUGUGCUCAUCUCUGCGUGUAUUUGCACUGCGUUAUGGCCCGGGGCAGGAGCUCCUCUCCAGUCUACAGGCUUUUGUGGAGGAGCGGCAGCUCAAAGCUCCAUUCAUCAUCACUUGUGUGGGCAGUGUCACCAGGGCGACGCUGCGGCUGGCCAACGCCACAGCCAGCAACACCAAUGAGGUGAUUCAGCUAAGGGAACGUUUCGAGAUCGUCUCUCUGGUGGGCACUUUGAACAGAGAAGCUCAUCUGCAUAUCUGUCUAGCUGAUAAAGAGGGCAAAACCAUUGGGGGUCACGUACUGGGUGACCUGGAAGUGUUCACAACAGCCGAGGUGGUCAUAGGAGAGGCCGCUGACCUCCAUUUCACCAGAGAGAUGGACAGCAGGACCGGCUUCCCUGAGCUGGUCGUUCAAAAGUGUCCAGAGCCGACUUAAUACAUUUACAUCCUGAUCAUUCUGUUGUGUGAGAAAUCAAUAAAACGACUGUGCAUACUUAAUAAAUUCAA